AUGCCUACGUGUUGUAUCGUGAAGUGUGGUGCAAGUAAGCACAAAAAUCAAGCAGGAUUGUCUUUACACAGGUUUCCUAUACGAAAUGAUUUAAGGACAAAAUGGUUAGAAGCUAUUGGUGAGGAAAAUAUUAAUCCCAGACAUAAAUAUUGGUAUGUCUGUUCGCUUCACUUUGAAGAUAGUUGUUUUAAUAGAACACUGGAUAUCUUAAGAUUACGUGACAACUCUGUUCCCACAUUAUUUUUGACACCCAAAGAAGGCCCCCAGGAGUCGUUGGUUUUACAUGAUAUUACUAACAUCAGAAAGCAUAAUGAUACUGCCACAUCAACUGAUGUGUUCCCAUUGCCAUUAUCCUAUGAAAAUAUAAAACCAAAGCAUAAGGAGUUUGUUUCAGACGAAAGAAAAAGGAAGAAGCAGACUGUCCGUCAUAAAGAGAUUGUAUUGAUUGAAAAAGUCAAGGCUUUGAAAAACAAAUGUCUCACACAGCAGAAAACAAUUAAACGUCUCAACGAGACGAUUCGAAGGCAUAACAAAAAGAUAGCCAAUUUAGCAGAAGGAAGACAUCAAUAGCCUCAUUUAUGUAAA